GGCAGCAGGGAGCACAGGAUGUGAGAGCCACGGCUUCCUAUCUCUGACCCCCAAAUUACACAGAUGCAGGCUGGUCAUGUGGAUUCUGAUGAACAAGGCAGGGGUGGGUAGGUCGGGUCUCUUAUGAUCACCAACCAAGGGCUCUCAGAAGACAGUGAACGGAAACACGGACCACAUCACAGAGAGACAGAGGCAGACCUUGCUGCUUCAAACGAGCUCACUUCUAGGACAAACUGACAGAGUCUCUUCGCCGGCGUUCAUGGGAAUGCGCGCCAUGGAGGAUGACUACGUUGACCAUGUGUUCUUCAACAUUUCCAAUGACAACAGCCAGGGGCAUGAACGCUUCCUGGAGUUCCGCAAGUUCUUUCUGCCCUCCGUGUACCUGGUGGUGUUCGUCUGCGGCCUGCUGGGGAACUUGCUGGUGCUGAUUGUGUACGUCUCCUACCAGAAGCUGAAGAGCCUGACCGACGUGUUCCUGAUGAACCUGCCCUUGGCUGACCUGGUGUUCGUCUGCACUCUGCCCUUCUGGGCCUACGCCAGCAUCCACGAGUGGGUCUUCGGCAAAGUCAUGUGUAAGACCCUGCUGGGCAUCUACACCUUGAACUUCUACACGUCCAUGCUCAUUCUCACCUGUAUCACCAUGGACCGCUUCGUUGCGGUGGUUCGGGCCACCAAGGCCUACAACCAGCAGGCCAGGUGGAUGGCCUGGGGCAAGGCCAUGUGCUUGCUUAUCUGGGUGAUCUCCCUGCUGGUUUCCCUGCCACAGAUCAUCUACGGCAAUGUUCAUGACCUCGACAAGCUUGUCUGCGGCUAUCACAAUGAAGAGAUUUCCACUGUAGUUCUUGCCGCCCAGAUGACGCUGGGGUUCUUCUUGCCCCUGCUUGCCAUGAUGGUGUGCUACUCGGUCAUCAUCAAGACCCUGCUUCACGCCCGAGGCUUCCGGAAGCACAAGUCCCUGAAGAUCAUCUUCCUGGUGGUGGCUGUGUUCCUACUGACCCAGACGCCCUUCAACCUCGUGAAGCUCAUCCAUAGCACGAGCUGGGAGUACUCCACCAUGACCAGCUUCCACUACGCCGUCAUCAUCACAGAGGCCGUCGCCUACCUGCGGGCCUGCCUUAACCCCGUGCUCUACGCCUUUGUUGGCCUGAAGUUUCGGAGGAACUUCUGGAAACUCAUGAGGGACAUUGGCUGUCUCCCUUACCUGGAUGUCUCAGGUCCAUGGAAGUCUUCCGAGGAGGCUUCCAAGACCUGUUCUGCCUCUCACAACGUGGAGGCCACCAGCAUGUUCCAGCUGUAGGCCUUCCCCAGGCCUGGAGUGCUGCUCGGGAGCACGGCUGUGCGCUCUGGGUGCAAGGAGGAAGGCUUUGUUUAUGGUUCGUGUUCUUGUGCGUUAUCAUGGAGUUUGUGGCUCGUGCAUUCUCAUGGAGAAGUCACCGAACCCUGCAGCUGGUGUGGGACGCUGCUUCUCGGGCAUGAACACAUUCCGCUUUCCUUUAGACCCCCAGGCCUGAAGCUCAGUGUGUGUUGGGGGAAAGCUCUAAAAACUGGAAGGGCUUUCCCUCCUCUAUGCCCAAGAACGCUGGCUCCAAGGGAAUGAUGUGUGAACCUUAAGACCUCAGGUUCUCCUUCAUGGUGACUGGGGCUGAAGGCUGAGGAGGGGACCAUUGCCACACAGCUGCUGAGGGCAGGUGAUGGUUUGGGCUCCCCAGUCUGGAACAUUCCUCUGGCCACUGGGAAGCAGGGACAUUAGGGAGGCCAUGAAAACAAGUGCCGGGCCGCAUGGCUGGGACCUAAGUCAGUAGGCACCGGACACAAAUGAGAUGGGCUCUGCCUCCCCUUAGGCUUGGGCUUUAUAGAGAUGCCUAUGUUCUCUUUGAUUAAUCCCAGAGGGAGGGACACCAGAGAACAUGAAUGGGCCCUUAACAAAUGAGUCAGCUGAGGAUUCCAGGGGUCCAGAGAAGGUUAGGAAAACGUGCAAAGCGGAGUUUAAGACGAUCUUGAGUCGAAGCGGCAUUUCUGAAAUGGAUUCUUUGGUGGGUUUGCUCAUUUAAAAACUCCAAUAGUUCAACGCCUGAUACACUCUCGCAUAUAUAAGUCACGUUAUUGGUGUAUAUAGAACACAAACAUGCCUGUGUCAAAUAGUAUAUAAUUUUCAUGACAAAGAAAUAAAACCUUUUUAAAAGUC